AUGGAGUUGAUGCAAGAAGUGAAAGGGUAUUCUGAUAGCAGAGAGGAGGAGGAGGAAGAGGAAGCAGCAGAAGAAAUCAUCACAAGAGAAGAAAGCAGCAGUAAGCAUCACUACCCCUUUUCUUCUCCCUCUUUGUCUUUAUCUUCUGCUCCUUCAAUAUCAAAUUAUACUUCUACUACUACUGCUGCACGUCCUCAUCACCAUCAUCAUCCAAUAAAUAUUCCUCACCAACAAAAUCCAUGGCUGGGGAUGAAUAUUCAUGAUCAUGAUCAUCAUCUUCAGUCACCAGAGACCACUGAAUCUCACAAUUCAUCAUCUGGGUUAGGGUUGUUACACCAGCACCAGGAUGCAGCAGGUUCCAAUUUCAUCAUCAGCAAUCAUCAUCAUCAUCACACAACAAAGCAGCUGGACUUCAUGGACUUGACACUGGGGAGCAGCAAGGAUGAAGGGAAUUUGCUAGGAUCAGGAGGUGUUGCUUCUUCCGUGUAUGCUCAUCAUGCAAGUGGUAGUUCUUCUGCCAAUGGUAACAUUAACAACCUGCAGCAGCCUUCUGAGAAGGAGCACAUGUUUGAUAAAGUUGUGACACCAAGUGAUGUGGGGAAGCUGAACCGGUUGGUGAUACCAAAACAGCAUGCUGAGAAGUAUUUCCCUCUUGAUUCCUCAGCCAAUGAGAAGGGGCUGUUGCUCAAUUUUGAGGACAGGAAUGGCAAGUUGUGGAGGUUCAGGUACUCCUAUUGGAACAGCAGCCAGAGCUAUGUGAUGACCAAAGGGUGGAGCCGUUUUGUGAAGGAGAAGAAGCUUGAUGCUGGUGACAUUGUGUCCUUCCAGCGUGGUGUUGGGGAAUUGUACAGGCAUAGGUUGUACAUAGAUUGGAGGAGAAGGCCUGAUCACCAUCACCAUCAUGGCCCUGACCCUUCAACCACACUCUUCACACCUUUCUUUCUUCCCAAUCAGCCUCACUUAAUGUCCAUCAGAUGGGGUGCCACUGGCAGAUUGUACUCCCUCCCCUCCCCAACUCCACCACGCCACCAUGACCAUUUGCAACAACACCUCAAUUACAACACCGUGUAUCAUCAACAUCAUCAUCCCUUUCAUCACCAAGGUGGUGGUGGAAAUGGAACUCAUCACUACAAUUAUCAUGACAUGAGUACUUCAGGAUCUGGCUCAGUCUAUUACCUCAGGUCAACACCCCCACCAAUGCCAUUGGCUGAUCACCAAACCUUGAACACAAGGCAACAACAAGAUGCAGGCAAUGUUUCUCACCCCCCUAUAAUCAUUGAUUCUGUUCCUGUUGCUCACCACCAUCAUCAUCACCACCACCACCAUGGUGGCAAGAGUGGUUCUAGUACUAGUACUAGUCCUAGCACUGCAGGCAAAAGACUUAGGUUGUUUGGGGUGAACAUGGAAUGUGCUUCUUCAACAUCAGAAGACCCCAACUGCUUCAGCUUAUUGUCCUCAUCUUCAAUGGCACACGUGACAAAGGCUAAUUCCAAUUCACCUCCCUCUUCUUCACUACCACCUCUUCAGCUUUUGAGGGAAGACUCACUUUCAUCACCAUCAUCAGCAAGGUUUGGGGAUCAGAGAGGUGAACCUUCAAUGCUUUUUGAUCUGGACCCUUCUUUGCAAUACCGGCAGUGA